UUGUUAUAUCUUAAAAUGUGCAUAAAAUCUAUUUUAAUUCAUUUUAGAUGCAUGGGCAUCGAUUGUUAUGAAAGAUAGUAUUAGCGGGAAUGAGUGCAAACGCGGCCUCCGAAUUACCGAUAAUUGAAUCGGCGUAGCAAUUUGCGCCGACUAACUUAAACUUUUGUUUUCUUUCCGUUUCCAUGCGCAGGAGAUGCUUGGGGAAAUGCUUCCGCCAGGGAUAGUGUCCAAAGCUUGGGUUAGUAUGCUCAAUGACUGCACCAGACAUGCUAUUCUCAAAUCCUGCGCUGCCCUUCGUACCACCCUUUUCGGAAGGGCUCUCCACAGUUGUGCAGUGAAACUGGGUCAUGUCUCUUGCCACUCUGUGUCCAAAGCCCUGCUUAACAUGUAUGCUAAAUCUGGAGCUCUCGGUGAUUGUCAGAAACUGUUUAGUCAAAUGGGUACUUCUACUUCUGAUCCUGUUGUUUGGAACAUUGUCUUAUCCGGGUUGGCUGGUUAUCGGGAAUAUAAUGAUCAAGUUCUUCGUUUGUUUAGUUCAAUGCCUGUUUCCAAUGAAGCAAAGCCCAAUCCUGUCACAGUUGCUAUUGUUCUUCCUUUGUAUGCUCGGUUAGGAGACAUAGAUGGAGGAAAGGUUGUGCACUCCUACGUGAUUAAGUCCGGAUUGGAUGCACAUACCCUUGUUGGGAAUGCACUAAUAUCGAUGUAUGCAAAAUGUGGACUAGUAAAAGAAGAUGCAUAUGCUGUUUUCUGUAGCAUUAGUGACAAAGAUGUUGUUUCGUGGAAUGCAAUCAUUGCAGGUUUUUCUGAGAAUAAUUUGAUGGAUGAUGCAUUUAGAUUGUUCAGGAAGAUGCUGAAAGGACCAAUAGCGCCAAAUGAUUCAACGAUUGUGAAUAUUCUACUUGUUUGUGCUACUUUAGAUAAGAAUGUUGCCUGCUACUUGGGGAAGGAGGUUCAUUGUUUUUUGCUGAGAAGAACUGAUAUAGGAGCAGAUGUUUCAGUCUGCAAUGCCUUGGUGAGCUACUAUUUGAAAGUUGGGCAUAUGGAUAAAGCGGAAUUAGUGUUUCAAAAGAUGGAAUCAAGAGAUUUGGUUUCAUGGAACGCUAUUAUUGCUGGAUAUGUGGCAAAUGGUUAUUGGUUGAGAGCUUUGGAUUUGUUUCUAGAAUUACUCUCUGCAAAUAUGUUUGGGCCAAAUUCUGUUACUCUUGUUAGCAUUCUUUCUGCUUGUGCACACUUAAAGGAUCUGCAGGUUGGAAAAGUGAUCCACGGGUAUAUUCUUCGACAUUCUUGCUUAUAUGCAGAUACAGCGUUGGAAAAUUCCCUUAUUAGUUUCUAUGCAAAGUGCAAUGACAUAGGAGCAGCUUAUCAGACAUUUUUGAUGAUUCCUUGGAGAGACUUGGUAUCAUGGAAUUCCGUUCUUGAUGCCUUUGCAGAGUGUGAAUAUGAUUCUCGGUUUCAGGAACUUUUAAGCUUUAUGCUUGGGGAAGGACUUAGGCCUGAUUUCAUCACCUUCUUAGCCAUAUUACGGUUUUGUGUCUGUGUUUCAAGUCUAGUAAAGGUUAAAGAAACUCAUUGCUAUUGCCUCAAGGCUGGUUUUUUACAAGGUAAUAGUGAACCUGCUGUUAUAAAUGCGAUAAUUGAUGCAUAUGCUAAAUGUGGUAAUAUGGGAUAUGCUUCAAGGAUUUUUCAUAGUUUUUCAGGGAGGAAGAAUUUGGUUACAUUCAAUUCAAUGAUCUCAGCUUAUGUGAAUUCUGGAUCACAUGAUGAUGCAUUUAUGAUUUUUAAUGGGAUGUCUGUGAGGGAUCUCACCUCUUGGAAUUUGAUGGUUCAAGCAUGUGCUGAAAAUGAUUGUCCUGGUCUGGCUCUCAGCCUUUUCCAUGAGUUACAAGCUCAAGGAAUGAAGCCUGAUGUAGUGACUAUUAUGAGCAUCCUUCCAGUAUGUGCUCAACUGGCCUCUGUUUACUUGUUGAGGCAGUGCCAUGGUUAUGUGAUAAGAGCUUGUUUUCAAGAUGCUCGCUUAAAUGGAGCUCUUUUGGAUGUAUAUGCAAAAUGUGGCAGAAUAUGGAGUGCUCAUAAGCUUUUCCAGUCAACUCCUGUUAAGGAUCUGGUUAUGUUCACUUCUAUGAUUGGUGGGUAUGCCAUGCACGGUAUGGGAGAGGAAGCACUUUGCCAUUUCUCUUUUAUGCUUGAGUCAGGGGUGAAGCCUGAUCAUGUUAUCAUUACUGCCAUUUUAUCUGCUUGCUGUCAUGCUGGCCUUGUAGAUGAAGGGUUGAAAAUUUUGUAUUCACUAGAGACUGCUCAUGGAAUGAAACCAAGCAUAGAACAUUAUGCUUGCAUUGUGGACCUUCUAGCUCGAGGAGGUCGAAUCAAUGAUGCAUAUUCUUUGGUUGCUGGUAUGUCUGUUGAAGCUAAUGCUAUGGUGUGGGGGACAUUGUUGGGUGCCUGUAGGACUCAUCAUGAGGUGGAAUUGGGCCGUGUUGUGGCAGACCACCUUUUUCAAAUUGACGCUAAUAAUAUUGGGAACUAUGUGGUAAUGUCAAACCUAUAUGCGGCAGAUGCUAGAUGGGAUGGUGUCAUGGAGGUGAGAAAACUGAUGAGAACAAGAGAUUUGAGAAAACCUGCAGGAUGCAGCUGGAUUGAGGUGAAGAAGAGAAAUAACGUCUUCAUAGCUGGAGACUGUUUGCAUCCUGAGAGGAAAAUUAUCUAUAGUACAUUAAGUACCUUGGCUCAACAAAUCAAGGAACCAUUUCUAUUUGAUAAGAUCAACAUGUUCCCUUAUGGCAUUUAGAGCUUCAUAAAAGGUAACUAGAGACUACUUAUGGGAUGAAAUUAAGCAAUAUGCUUGCAUUGUGGAUCUUUUAGCUUGAGGAGGUAAAAUCCAUGCUGCAUAAUCUUUGGUUGUUGGGAUGUCUGUUGAAGCUAAUGCUAAUGUGUGGGGGACAUCGUUGGGUGCCUGUAGGACUGAUCAUGAGGUGGAAUUGGACCGUGUUGUGGCAGACCACCUCUUUCAAAUUGAAGCUAAUAAUAUUGGGAACAAUGUGGUAAUGUCAAACCAAUAUGUGGCGGAUGCUAGAUGGGAUGGAGGUGAGAAAACUGAUGAGUACAAGAGAUUGAAAACAACCUGCAGGAUGCAGCUGGAUUGAGGUGGGGAAGAGAAAUAACGUCUUCACAGCUGGAGAUUGUUUGCAUCCCAAGAGGUAAAUUAUCUAUAGUACAUUAAGUACCUGGGAUCAACAAAUCAAGGAGCGAUUUCUGUUUGAUAAGAUCAACAUGUUCAAUUAUGGCAUUUAGAGCUUGUGGCAGAUGCUAGAUUGGAACUAUGUUGUAAUGUUAAGCCUAUAUGUGGCAGAUGCUAGAUCAGAUGGUGACAUGGAGGUGAGAAAACUGAUGAGAACAAGAGAUUUAUAAAACCUGCAGGAUGCAGCCAGAUUGAGGUUGAGAAGAGAAAUAACGACUUCAUAGCCGGAGACUGUUUUCGUCCUAAGAGAAAAAUUAUCUAUAGUACAUUGAGUACCUGGGGUCAACAAAUCAAGGAGCGAUUUCUGUUUGAUAAGAUUAACAUAUUCACUUAUGGCAUUUAGAGCUUCAUAAAGAAGGAAAAUGCGACUAAAAUGUCAAUAACCUUGGAUGUUAUUGGUCAUAAUCUUGACAGACUGAAUGCUUUUUUUUGUUUUUGGUGGUAAGGGCAUUCUACUUAGUGGAUCAAAUCCAUUUUACCUCAACUGAAUCUAGUCUUAAUGGUUGAAGUUGGUGUUCCUCAACUUCGACAGAUGUAUUAAAUAGAAAUAUCCAAGAUUUCAGUCAAGUGUCAGAAUUGGUUUUCUGCUUCUGCAGUGAUUUAGUUAACUUGAAACAAAUUGUUGGAAUUUCUAUAUAUUGUUUUUGACUUAUGUCCUGUUUUUCAUUUUGAAGGUGAUUCUGCAAUGACCAGGACCAAGACUUGUUUGGAAACUUAAUAAUUUUUGUUUUUGAAGUUGAAUGAGCCCAUGAACUGUUAGCAGGCUGUCUUCAUAGAGGAGAUAGUGUCAUCUUUGUUGGUAGUGUGAAUUAGUAAGUUGAAUGCUUGAAGAUUAGAUAUUGUUUUGAUGUUCAAUAGCCAAGGAUUCUGUGUAACUUUUCCACAAAAGUUCAAUUUAUUUUAAGUUAAAAUUUUGAAGAAUGUACGGGACGCUGAAGUGGUUUUGCUCACUUGGUUGCAACUUCAGAAAUAUCAGGUUCCAUCAUACAGUUUGUAUU